AUACCCGGUACUUUCCACGUCUUGCCCUUAAACAAAAUUAAGUUUAGAAGUUACUUUGGAAGAGUGCCCCACAAGUACCAGACACACCAGACUCUUAUAAAAGGUGGGGUUCUCCACGAGGGGAUUAGUUCUUUGCCAGCCAGCAUGCGCUUAAGAUCGGUACUGGGAGUGCCGUGCGCCGUCCUGGUGAUCGGGGUCCUCGCCCAGGACUCUGCCGCCGCGUGCUGCAAGGCGCAGUUCAUCCGGUUCAAGACGAACGGGUUCUGUGAGACGGUCGACGCCAUCAAGCACGAGUACUAUGCCUACUGCGAGACCACCAUUUGCGCCGAUGGCAAGAGGAUCGGGAAAGGGCGCUACUGCGCCCAAGGCAGAUGCAACGUCUUUGGCUGCAACUGCGAUGGUGGCUGCCGCCAGGGGGAUUGGGAGCGCUCCUUCCGCAACAGAUAUCCAAAAAAGCAAAUCUGGUUCAUAUAGUCUUGUACACUCGUCCCUGCCUCAAGGGAGAGUGGGGCAAGUCCUUCAAGGACAGGCACGGAGGCAGAAGCUCUACUAGUCUAAAGGCCCGCUUAAUGUCCAUUUCAGUAACUUGUAGUGGAGAAUAAAUAACCUUAUAGACUAGA